AUGUUGAAGGCCGAAGAGUUCUGGCGGCGUCAUAGUUUGGGCAACAUCGUGGACGAAGACGAUUUCGUCAAAGGUGCCCUUAUAUUCCAUGACCUGGAAGGUGCUCGAGAAUUCGAAUAUAAAUCUUCGAAGCACACAGAAGAAGAGAAGCGGCGCUACGAUGAACAUCAAGAGCGUCUCUCUGGACUAUCCUCUAGACAAAAGAGGUCCCUUCGAUGGUAUGCGUGUAGAACAGAGUACACGGUUGAACAUCAUGCAGAUGCCGUUGUGAAGCAGAUGAUCUUCGCCGUUGGCGAUGCUGUGGUGGGUGUGCUUGUUGGGAAGCCCAAUGGUCCCGAGGAUAAAUUACUUUGGGACCAUGGCAAGCCGAACUGGAAAAUCAUGAUCAGCAUCUCUGGUGUACCUGCUUUGUUGUUUUUGACUCUGAUAAUGUUUUGCGUUGGUGAGUCCAUUAGGCGCUCUGCACAGGAUCCCCUUUUACUGACUCACAGACCUGCAGAAUCUCCAAGAUGGCUUUUGAAGAAGAACAGGUAUAAGGAGGCACUUACCGCGCUCAUCACAUUGCACCAGCUGCCAAGCCCUGUGAUUGCCUGCGGCGAGUUGUACAUGAUCUUUCGUCGGCUGGAAGCCGAAGAAAGUAGAUACCUGGAGGACCUAAAGAGGAAUCAUAAUCCCAACGACACAAGAAGUACAAGUGAGACCGAACUAAGUACUGAGCUACAAAGUGUUAGUGCUUCAGCGCUUGAAGGUCGGCAGGGCAUAGCUCGACGCUCAUUCAUACAAUCCCAGGGCGACGGGGCUAUUGAUGCGCAAAUCACAUCUUCCGGAUCGACUUUACAGCCAAGGCGCGACGAUUCUCCAAGGAGUUUUCCCACUGAAGAGGUACAACGUACGGAAAGCUUCGAAGCUACUACGCUAAGUAGAGAGAGUGCUCACAGUGGCGUUUACGUCCCGGUGAAGCUCAAAGAUAUAAGUCUGUCCACAAGAAUCAAACUUCUCUGGCGAGUCAAACAUAUACGGCGGUGA